CUGGGUCACAGCUAGGGAGCCCUAGCUGAAGGAAAGCCGAGAUGGAGCUGGUGGCAGCGAAGUUCCUUCGUUUCGGCACGGGCGGCCUGCUAAGAAGAAAUUUCCUGAGUUGCCUGUCUUCUUGGAAAACUCCUCCUUGUUCCUUAAAAUCUUCUCAGUCAGAAGCUUUAGAUAGCUUACCAAAUAACGGGGUAAUAUUUGCUCCACUUCAAACAUUUACAGAAGAGGAAACAAUGAUUAAAAACAUGGUUAAAAAAUUUGCAGAGAAAGAAAUUGCUCCUUUGGUACUAGCAAUGGAUGAAAAUUCACAAAUGGACAAGUCAGUAAUAGAAGGAUUAUUUCAACAAGGGUUGAUGGGUAUUGAAAUUGAAACAAAGUAUGGAGGAACAGGAGCUUCAUUUUUUUCCUCUAUCCUAGCAAUAGAGGAAUUAGCAAAGGUUGAUGCAUCUGUAUCUGUUUUGUGUGACAUCCAGAAUACAUUAAUCAAUACAUUGAUAAGAAAAUGUGGAACAGAAGAACAAAAGGCAAUCUACUUGACCAGACUGGCUAAAGACACAAUAGGAAGUUUUUGCCUUUCUGAGGCUGAGGCUGGCAGUGAUGCAUUUUCUUUGAAGACUAAAGCUGAGAAAAAGGGAGACUAUUAUAUCAUCAAUGGGUCCAAAAUGUGGAUCAGCAAUGCAGAACAUGCAGGAGUUUUUCUAGUAAUGGCAAAUGCUAAUCCUGGUUUGGGUUAUAAAGGAAUUACAUGUUUCAUAAUAGAUCGUGAAUCAGAAGGACUUCAUGUAGGGAAGAAAGAAAACAAAUUAGGAAUCAGAGCAUCUUCUACCAAUACUGUGAUAUUUGAGAAUGUUAAGGUGCCAGAAACCAAUAUCCUAGGACAGCUGGGCCACGGGUACAAAUAUGCCAUUGGAAUGCUUAAUGAAGGCAGAAUAGGAAUUGCUGCACAGAUGUUAGGACUGGCACAAGGAUGUUUUGACCACACCAUUCCAUAUCUUAAAGAAAGAAUGCAGUUUGGUAAAUCAAUAUAUUCUUUUCAGGGAAUUCAACAUCAAACAGCUCAAGUAGCCACACAGCUUGAAGCUGCAAGAUUGCUAACAUACAAUGCUGCCAGACUUGUAGAAACUGGGAAACCAUUUAUAAAAGAAGCCUCCAUGGCCAAGUAUUUUUCAGCAGAGGUUGCUGGACUGACAACUAGUAAAUGCAUAGAGUGGAUGGGUGGAGUAGGAUAUACUAAAAAUUAUCCAAUGGAAAAAUACUUCCGAGAUGCAAAAAUUGGUACGAUAUAUGAAGGAACAUCAAAUAUCCAGUUAAGUACUAUAGCAAAACUGUUAGGUCAAGAAUACUGAAAGUCACCAGAAAAUUACACUGCAGCCACUUAUGUAAAAUGUAAAUCAUGUGCCUUAUUUGGGGAAACAGUGAAUACUUUCAAACUGAGACAGUCUUCUGAACUACUUAUGUUCUUUUGGAGUAUAUUAAGUCUCUCUGACUCUUGCGUGAUAACAGAUGAUUCAAAGUGAGUAACUUUGCUGCAUGGUAUAUAAAGGUUACCUUUUCCAUAGCAUCUGGAAAAGUUAUUAUUUCUUUUGAGUUAGUUAUUAAAAAUAAAUGUCAUUUCAUCUUUAUUUCAAAAUCUACCAUAUUUGUAAUACAAAUCAGAGAAAUUAGAAUCAGAGUAUGUUAUUUGUAUUAUAAACUUUGCAGAUUCACCAGUGCCUAGUACAGUACAUUGAAUAGCACAUGGUUCUUGAAAGACUAAAUGUUGGUAAAUUCAGAAAUUGAUAACAAUUCAUUUAAAAAAAUCUGACUCGUUUUAAAUGUUGAAGUGAUUUUAAAUGUUAAAGAAUAUGUAUAGUAUAAGAGUAUGUGUCAGUUAAUGGAAUUAUUGGUUAACUUACAUUUAAUUGUUUUAAUUAGAACAAAUGUGAUGUUUGCUAUUAAUUGAACUCAUUUAAAAAUUGAACUCAUUUCAGCAAAUUAUUUAAAAAUUAAGUCCCAGUAUCACUUUUUAAGACGUGUCUUUAAGAAACUUUGUAAAAUAUUUUAAACUAGUUAAUUUUGUAAAAAAUCUUCAUCAGGCACCAUUUUUCAGUAGCUCAAUACCUUUCUGAAUUCAAAUUGUAUUUGUUAACCCUAAUUAAUUAUUGAGCCUUAUUAUGAAUCCAAAUACUUUAAAUCAAGUCCACAGUAAAAUAGGAAGUGUUUUACAUUUUUAUUUUGAAAGGAAUAUGUUGCAAAGCAGAAAAUAUUGACAUUUGGUAUACAGGUACAUUUUCAAAAUAGUUUUUCUAAUACAAAUGAUAGUUAGGCAUUUGAAAUGUGUAAAUACAUCUUAAAGGCAGAAACUAUUUUUGACUAAUGGACAGAGAAAUAAAGAAAAAUUUAGAAUGUAGUUCAUAAAAGAUAGCAGUCUACUACAAAAUAAAUUCAUGGUCAAAAUCCCAACAUUCAAUCCUUCAGAACAACCUGCCAAGAAAGGCAAGAGAUUUGUGAAAUUUCCAUAAGGGAGUUUUUGACAUUUUAAAUUUCUUUGAUUUUUAUAAGAAAUGAAACUUGCAGAUACAAGAAUGGGGAAGAGCUUAAAGAAUUGGAACAUUAACAGAUAUAAAAUGGCAAACAUGACCUAUCAUGUAAUAAAGGACUUUCCAUUUUGAAAGUCUGACACCCAAUUUAUUAGCUUUGUUUACUCCUUAAACAUAUAUAUUUGCAACCUUUAAAUAUGGAUGUUCUUUGGAAAUCUAGGAUACCACAAGAGAAUAAUUGAAGAGAAUUUUCUUCUCUUUAUCCAAGUAAUAUCUUUUGGGCAUAGCUGAUGAGUGGAUAUGCUUUUUAAUAAAUAAUUUAUAAAUUUAUGAUUUAUAAAUCAUUUUGAUCAUGUCCUCUUUUUCUAGAAGAGAGAGCAAUAAGAGAUUUUUUGAAGAUGUUGUUUUUUCUUGCAUCCAAAGAUGCAAGAAAGAGCUGCCACACUUCCAUUGUUGUUUUCUUUCUUAACCACUCAUUUCAGAGCUUUGUAGCUUCUGUACCUUAGUGAAUUGGUUUUUUAGUGAAAGUUUGUUGCCCUCCUCAAGGACAGUCAUUGCACUUUAAUUUAUCAGUUAAGAUUCUAGAGGAAUUGAAAGGGACUUGUUACUAGUGCCAAAAAAUUAUACAUACAAAAAUUUUAGCCCUUGCUGGUUUGGCAGGGAAAGGAUUUAUAUUCAACAGAAAUGUUUUUGGUCUUCUUAAUCAUUGGAUUGGUGACUUCAGAGAUUUGUUUUAGAACACAGGAAAGUAAAUAAAAACUAUUAUGCUUGCCAUUGGGUAGCUUGUGAUAUAUUGUUGGCAUUACAUUGAGCUUAACUGAUAUUGAAUUAAUCUAGCUCCUAUUAGAAGUAAAUAGAUAAAACACAUAUAAGCACUUACUACAUGCCAGGCAGCAUGCUAAAUUAUUAAGAAUACGUAUCUUUACAUUUGCCAAAGCCAUUGAACACUUGGAGAAAUCUUGUAUAUUAGACCUAUGUCAAAAAUUUGUAUUACUAUGUAAUAUCACAUGGACUUGUAUGAUUAUAAUAUAUUUUAAUAAAUUUUUGAAUUAACCUUA